AUGUCUCGCCUCCUCCGCCUCCGCCCCCUCCUCAACCUCCCAAGGACCUCGUCCCGCCUCUCCUCAACCUCAGCCUUCUCCCACGGUCCCGCGCCCCCGCGCCUCCCAGCAGACCAACAAGCCGAAUUCGAGCGUCUCCAGCGCCAGGCCUCCGUCUCAAGCGCCUUCCAACACCUCGCUACCACAACAGCAACCGCCACCGCAACUGAACCCGCGACAGCAACCCCUACAAUCGCAGCAACGGACGAAGACACAAUGCACCCAAACUACGUCCGCGGCGCCCCCGCAGAAUUCGAGGGCGACAUCAACCCGCGCACAGGCGAGGUCGGCGGGCCCAAGAGGGAGCCGCUUCGUUGGGGGUCUGGUGGGGAUUGGAGCUACAACGGUCGCGUGACGGACUUUUAG